UCAUGUCUCUGACUUUGAACUCGCAGUCUACACGUGUUACAGUUGAUGAGCUGACUGCUAUGACUCUGAGAUGUGAAGUUGACAGUAAUCCAGGAUCUGACAUCAAACUCUUAAACAACUCACAGCCUCUGCGUGAAGUGACAAACUCUACACAGACUGAGUACAUGUGGAACGAGGCUGGAUGUCUGGAUACAGGGCGCUACAUGUGUGAAGCGGGAAACAAGAUCAAGUCAGAUGUCAACAAAAGUGUGCAGCUUGUUGUAAGAUGUUCACCAAGACUAGAUCACCGAGUUACAUUUAAGAAAGAGUUUGCAGCAGCAGAAGGUGGAAAUGUGACACUGAAUAUAUCAGUGAUUGCCAACCCAAUACCCACAUUCACCUGGUACCAUCUGACUGAUGAAAACAAAAAGGAACUUGGGUCUGGCAGUUCAGCUACAACUGAUGUAUCUGCUGUUGGGAAUAUUACACUGACACAUGUUCAGCAUGGAGAUAUUGGUACAUACCAGGUUGUUGUGUCAAAUGGAGCUCCAAGACAAGAUCUUGUGGUGAACCUGACACUUCAUUUAGCAGGUCCCCCGAAUAUUCCCAUGAAUGUCACAGCAUGGAGCAAUGGUCCACACUCAGUCUCGGUGUCUUGGAUAGAGGAAUUUAAUGGAGGAUCAAAUCAGACGUUCCUUAUACAAUACCGAGCAGACACAACAUCACAGUGGACAAAUCUCACUGAAGAGUUUCCAGAGAAAGUUCUUCAUACAAACCACACAGCUGUCAUAUCAAAUCUUCAACCAGAGACGAGAUAUCUUGUGCGAGUUUUGGCUUAUAACAAAUAUGGAUACAAAGGUUUUACCAAAGAACAGGAAGCUUUGACUUUAAUUGCAGGUAAUAACAAUAAAGGUCGGUGAGCGGAGCCUAAACUCAUCUUUGAUGGUAGAAAGCUUAUCAUUCUAAGAAUCGACUGAUAUAAGUUUUGUGGUGUAAAUGUAUGUUUUUAUGUUUUAUAUUUGUCAUUUUUAGUGAGUAGGUGUGUGUGUCUGAUCGAUCUUCGUU